AACACGAACAAUAGCACUGAGUGAGUUUAUUUCUCUGUCUUUGUUACUCGUUCUAAAAUUCGAGUAAAAUUAAUAUGGAUAUUUACUAAUUGAUCUUGAUUGAAGCUACAUAUUCAACUAGGACAGAUUGUUGACAUACGACAUUAUCCUAAAUUAAGAAAAUGAAGAUAAAAGUAGAACCAGAAAAUGAAUAUUCAGAAUUUACAUUUAACCGAGGUGAUGAAAAGUUUCAAGUCUUGAAGAAUUGCAAGAAAGAAUUUAAUACGGAUAACAAAAAGUUAUGUAGAAGAAUUAAAUCAGAACCUUCAGAACAUAAAAAUAUACAGAUAAGUACUUAUGAAAAUUUAAAUUCAAGAAAUAACACAAACAAUUCUAAUAUUUGGAGUAUUUCUGGUUUUAAUAGUGAAAUCGAUUGUAAGAAAGAAGAAAUAAAAGAGGAGAAAUGUGACAUUAAACUAGGCAUAAAAUCAGAAUGUAAGGUUGUUUUAAAAAGAUUGAAUUUUAAAGUAAAAACUGAUGAUUGUAAACGAGUUCAUCUCCCAUAUAAAUACGAAGAUUUAAAGCCUGUCAAGAACGAAUUCUUCAUUCCCGACAGAAAUUCUAACAGGGAUGAACCGAACGUACAAAUUAAGGAGUACGAAAAGAGUGAAGAAUAUGAUAUUCAGCACAAUUCGAAAACACAAAAGAAGAAUAAGUGUAAUGCAAACAAGACGAAAUUCGUCCCUACAAGUAGAAAAUACAACAACAAAAUCCAAGGAAAGAUUAAAAGGAAAUAUUUCAGAAUAACGCGUUCAUCUCAUUCUAAACAAAAUCACAAAUGCGAUUUAUGUAAACAGACUUUUGUAAACAAGGAAAUACUACAAGCGCAUUUGAACUUUCAUAUCGGAGAAAAACCAUUUUGCUGCACAACCUGCAAUCAAAAAUUUUCCUGGCAAUUUCUAUUGAAAAAACACAUGAAAGAACACAUCACCGAAAAACAAAGGAAAAUGGAUCGUACAAAAGUUCGUUCGCUGUCAUUAUCAAAAAAUCGUAAAGAAUCUACACAGAAACCCAUUCGAUGUGACAUUUCCGAUAAGCUACAUAAUACAAAGAGCCAAUUGGAGAGGCAUAACAGAACACUACAACCAGUAUCUCAUUGCUGUAAGAUAUGUAAAAAAGAAUUUCAAACGAGACCUUCAUUGAGACAACACCAACGUACUCAUAGUGAAGUUCGACCUUUCAAAUGCGGUAUAUGUGAUAAGGGCUUUAAAACGAAAGCCCAUUUAAAAAGGCAUCGUGAAACUCACAGUGAUAAAUGUAAGUAUUCUUGUCAGGUGUGUAACAAAAGUUUUAAAACAAAAUGCUCUUUGACGAAUCAUAAAAUCACUCAUAAUAAAAACUUAAAUUAUUCUUGUCAGAUAUGUAACAGAAGUUUUAAAUCACAGCUGCGUUUAAAAGAGCACGUUGUUAUACAUACCGAUGAACGCAAGUACUAUUGUCAGACAUGUAACAAGCAUUUUAAAACAAAACGCUAUUUGAGACGACAUGAAAGAACUCACGAAGAUAGAAGUGAUAAGUAUUUUUGUAACUUAUGUAAAACAGCAUUUAAAUCCAGAUAUAGUUUCGUUAAACAUCGCUUUGUUCAACAUAAAAAUAUGUUUGUUUGCGGAUAUUGUAAUAAGUCAUUCAAAACUAAAAAUAUGCUUAAAGCUCAUUCGAAAACUCAUAUUGAAAAAUGUAAUAUCUGUAAAAAGGAGUUAUUGUCUAAAACCUCUUUAAUCUGUCAUCAGAGAACUCAUUAUGACGUAAAACCGUAUCUUUGUAAGGUGUGUAGCAGACGUUUUAUAUCAAAUUCUGAGUUGAAACGUCACCAAAGCACUCACAAUAAAGACAAUCUUCGUUACGUUUGUGAGAUAUGUAAGAAGGGUUUUUACGAUAAAUCUCGCUUCUUAAGGCACCAACCUGUUCAUGAAAAGAAAGAGCAUCUUUGCAUCUAUUGUAAAGGCAGAUUUAAAACAGAAAUUAAACUGAAACUGCAUUUACAGUUUUCUUGUUUAGAAAUACACUCCAAACAAUUACCUUACCAAUGUAAUGUCUGUAAACGGACUUACGUAAAUAGUUAUGAUUUGGAGCAACAUCUACUCGCUUACAAGGAUCAAAUACACUUCUGUUGCGACGUUUGUAAGAGGAAAUUUACGUCAAAAGUCGAAUUCGAAACUCAUCAUAAAACUGCUCAUCCGCCGGGAGGAAAAUAUAAAUGCGAAAUUUGCAGUAAGACAUUUCGGACACAGACUUAUUUAAAUAGACAUAUGAAAAUUAAUACCGAUUCAGGCGUUAAGAAAUGUGAUGUUUGUGGUAAGAAAUUCUGUUCGUUUAUUACUUUAAAACUUCACGUGCAAAGCCAUCUUUUAGAAUAG